GAUGGUGGUCUGCCCGGUUUGGGCCGCCGCUGUGCCUGCCAGAGCCGCCGCUGCCGCCCUUGCUGCCCAUUCCCCACUCCCCCCCCUCCGAAGGCACGGAGCUGCUACUUAGCAUCAUCCCCUGCUUAGGGGAUCUUGGGCUUUGCCCUGCAGCCCCGGCCUGUGUAGAGGGAAGGGAGGAGGGACCGGCGGGCGGGAGGAACCCCUACCCGAGAAGAGCAUCUCUCACUUGCCUGGAAGAUGGACAAGAUACUUGUCAGGAAGGAUGUAAAAUCAGAUCAUGGCUUCAUCCCUGUAACACCCCAGAGUAUCUAGGCAGAUAGGAGUCCUUGCCUGAAGGAGGUACCUGGUAAAUCCCAUCAGUAGGCCUGGAGUCAGAAAUCCUCAGCUAAUACCAAUCUCUCUUUGGCUCUCCAUGCGAGCCAGAGACAAAUGGAUGCCAUCGCAAGUGCCGGCCUCAAGAGGAAGUUUGAUGAUGUGGAUGUGGGCUCGCCCAUUUCCAAUUCCGACGAUGAGAUCUCCAACAGCGAUAGUGCAGACAGCUGUGAUAGCGUCAAUCCUCCAAGCUCCUCAGGCUUCAUUCCAACCUCCAUCUUAAAAAGGCAGAAACAGUUGCGUAGAAAGAAUGUGCGCUUCGACCAGGUGACUGUGUACUACUUUGCAAGGCGUCAGGGAUUUACCAGCGUUCCUAGCCAAGGGGGCAGUUCCCUGGGCAUGGCCCAGCGCCACAACUCUGUCCGCAGGUAUACCCUUGGUGAAUUUGCCCAAGAACAGGAAGUGAAUCACCGUGAGAUCCUUCGAGAACACCUGAAGGAAGAGAAGCUUCAUGCCAAGAAAAUGAAGCUGACCAAGAAUGGGACUGUGGAGUCAGAAGAGGCUGAUGGUUUGACGCUUGAGGAUGUCUCUGAUGAUGACCUUGAUGUAGAGAAUGUGGAGGUGGAUGACUACUUCUUCUUACAGCCACUGCCUACCAAGCGGCGGCGAGCUUUACUUCGAGCCUCUGGCGUUCAUCGCAUUGAUGCAGAGGAAAAACAAGAACUUCGGGCCAUCCGCCUCUCCCGAGAAGAAUGUGGGUGUGACUGCCGGCUGUACUGUGAUCCGGAGGCCUGUGCCUGUAGCCAGGCUGGAAUUAAAUGCCAGGUGGACCGAAUGUCCUUCCCAUGCGGCUGUUCCAGAGAUGGCUGUGGGAAUAUGGCUGGGAGAAUUGAAUUCAAUCCCAUCCGGGUGAGGACUCACUACCUGCACACCAUUAUGAAACUAGAGCUAGAGAAUAAACGGCAGGUGAGCCGGGCCCAGGUUCUGGAUGAAGAGACCCCUCAUAGCUCCGGCAGUGACUGGCUGGGAAGCCAGUCCCCAGAGACACAGGACUUCCAGGAGUUCAUGGCGGAGAAUGAAACGGCAGUCAUGCAUCUUCAGACAGCUGAGGAGUUGGAGCGGCUGAAGGCUGAGGAAGACUCUAGCAGUGGCUCCAGAAUUGAAAGCCUUGGGGUGUGCAUUUUGGAGGAGCCGCUUUCUGUCUCUGAAGGGAUGUGCCCAAGCCUCACCACACCAAUCCUCAUUCAAGCUCAGCUGCCUCCAGGUUCCUCUGUUCUGUGUUUCACGGACAGUUCUGAGCAAGCCAGCUCAGCUGAGGGCGACCAGCCCUACUUGAACAAUGGGCCUGUUGUGUACUAUCAGGUUGACCAAAGGUCAGUGCUGGGGGUGAAGGGGGAAAGUAGAGCAGAGGAGCCUGAGGUGCCCCCUCGUUACCCAGAUGAGAAGGAGCUAAGCAUCUACUCUGUCCCCGUGACUUCACUGGUGUCUUGUGGCAGAGCCACAGCCACCAGCAGUGCAGAAACAGGGAAGGCUGCUGUAUCUUUUGAGCCCCUGUCUUCUGAAAGCUGUCAGUCUGAAGUUCCUCUGCCAAGCUUGCCACUCCACACAGACGUGCCACAAGACAGUUUGCGGCCCCAGAACAUGGUGCAGCAAUCUCCAGAGAGAGCCUGUGAGCUCCCCUCCUCUUCUGAGGAAUGCUCUUUGGGACCUGCUCUGACCGUGUGACAAUUCCCAACCCAUCAUCUUGAUGUUUAUUUAUUGACAAUGUUUUUAUCAAAUGGCCACAGCCAUUGGGAAUUGUUUAAUAUUGGGUGGGGGAGGGAGAGGAGAGGGACUGCUUUGUGUGGGCUCCACCACACAAGGAACUAAAACAAGCACUUAUGGCUGCCUCAGAGUAGGAGGAUCUGUCUACUAGCUGGGCAGCCUCUUGGUUCUGAAGAGGUUGGACCCAUAGACAAUGGACCCAUCUACAUGGAACUUUGUAGGGGAGGCACUUUACUCCAUCCUACAAGGACCAAAUGUGAAUGUGUCUCAUGGAAGCAAUAGAGCAAAGCUGCCUUUUCUAAAGCGCUGGAUGGGUUGGAGGGCAGACAGAAGAGAACACUGUUGCUGCUUCAUGACAUCGGUCAGUCUCUGUGCGUGGUGGAAUCUCUCCCUCCAGUUGCUCAUCCCAAGUGAAGCUGCUGCUGCCGCCGCCACCCAUCCCCUUCUGUCACUUUCAGUGCUGUGUCUUGGUAACGGUGACCUUACUUGCUUGAACUGCUCUAACCAGUUACACAGCUUAAGCUCUGCAACCUCUUAUUUAUGUGACAUUUACUGCCCUUCAUUCCCUGGAAGAAUCCCAUAUAUUUUUUAAAUUCACUAUGAAUUAACUUUGAUCAUGACUAGCUACACCUACAGUUUGGCAUGCAACUGUCGUACAAAAUGAUUUUCAUCCUGGAGCCUCUGCCCCCACCAGUAGCUUCAUCCAAACACAUUCAUGGCCCAUUUUGCUGGCCUUUGCUGGGACUGAUUAAGUUUAAAUUACUUUCUUUUUUUUUUUAAAUGCUGAAUGUUUACGGACAUCAUGUGACUCAUGCUCUGUCACUGACUCUGUUCCUGAGCUGAGGUUGUCACCUCCGAUUAGAACCCCUUUGGGGAUCUGGUUCUGUGAGCACUGAAUGCCCUAGGAUUGAGUGGGAUCUACCUUCCUUUUGAAAGAACUGCCAGUUUGGGUGGGCAGGGGAUUCUACCAAGUACUUAACCUUUUGCCCCAUGGUUUCAUUAAUCACUUUUCGCCUUCACUAUUCCAGUCUUUUCCAUUCUAGUUGCACAAGAAUUUGGAGAUGAUGCUGAAAGCUUUCUGUUCCCCUGCUCCUUGCUUAGCAACCCAGCAUUCUGGAUGACUUGAAAGGGCACCAGGUCUGUAUGCAGUAGAACUGCAGCCUGCUGGGUCACAAGCAUUAGGGAUCAGUAAAUGUGCAAUAAGGUGGCACCUGCAAUCCCCCUCCCGGGGAAGUGUGUAGUUAAUUGUUCCAAUUGGUCUUGGAAUAAAAGGAGAAAGGAUAUCCUUAUAGCUGCCACUCACCCCUAUGACCACUUUCCUCACUAUAGGAUAACAAAAGCACUUUUCUUCUCCAGCCUCCUGGGCAUCCUUUCCUUCUUCUAUCUUGUGGUAAACAGCAGAUAAUCAUUGCCUUUCUCUGUAGUCACCUGUUCUGACCCAGCUCACGUUACAUCCCUGCGGUGUAUCUCAAAAUGGACCGGGGCUUAGCAAGAACUGAUUUCCCUGUAUUUAGGAAUCUUUCUUUUUUCAGACUGCUCAAGGCCUACAAUGACUUGCAUGAAGGCUUCUGGAUAUUUAAAUUAUCCAUAACUCCUUAUGCAUAAGAGAAGGUGGAAUUUAAGUAGCCUGUGGAGGGAUAUAUGUCCUCAUCAAAACCUGCCUCCCAGCUGAGAGUUAACGCAGGCACCAUCAGAACCUAGAUAGGAGGUUGUUUUUUUUUCAGGCAUAUAACUAGAUUUGUGUGGAAGCUGAGCCAUCUAAGUUUCUAGAUGCUAAGUCCGGAAAUGAGAUUAACAGGCUUGGACGUCUUAUGUCCCUUAGUUGCAAAGCUACUUUGGAGUAGCCAAGCCUAACUUAACUAAGCCUUCCAAAUGAUCAGUGGUAAGCAAUCAGUGCUGCCAGUGCAUCUAGAAAAGCUGAUCCUCCUGAAAAUGACUCUCUGUAAGAUGGAGUAGGUACAAGCGAAUGCUGUGUAAGCGACAGCAGAGAAAAACUGACCAUAGCUAUUGACAUGAACUCCUGUUAAGGCUUCAGAAUAUUGCGAAGACUUGAGUACUAAAAUCCUGAUUUUCACUUUAUUUCACCCAAGCUCUCCUUGGGCUGAUUAGCAUAUAGUAUACAGCUGGGGCUCCUUUACUUUGCCAAACUGGUAAGUACCUAAUUGCUUUCUCAUCCCCACCUCUUACAGAGGGUUGUUUAGAAGCAAUGCUAUGUUCAAUGGGCAAAUGUCUGUUUUAAAAUGUAAGAGGAUGAACGUGCAGCCUUAAAAUGUCCAUAGCCCUUUUUCUGUCUUUAAAAAGCCACGCAUAUGUUGCUGCAUGACAUACGCUUUCCUUCCUAUAUGCUGGUCUCAUUCCUGAGGGCUGUUUAGGCUUUUACUCCAUGCUGCUUUGCCCCCAGGCUACUGUUGGGUUUGAGGGUCCACUGGUGUCUUUAGGAGGGAUCCUUCCCAAAUCUCACUUGUAGUUUACAGAACAAAUGGUGCUAUAAAAAGCUGGAUUUAUUUUCAAAGGCAGCCAGUCCUGGCUGCGACACUCACUGUAGCAAAUUUGUCUGGUGCACUUCACUUCUGAAUCAAACAGAAUAGGGAUGUGCCACUUCUAGAGCAAUUUGCUCCUACAUCAAGUACAUAGCUUGGUAGGUAUAUAGCUUAAGGAGAAGGCAGUUAAAAUCUCUCAUAAAAUUCUCAAGACCGGAAAGCACUUUGGAUAUUUAUAAUAAUAACGUCCCCAUAGUUGCUUGCUUUUCUACACAGCUACAGUGAAAACAGCACUGUGCAGCUGUUAUUAGCACAGGUUUGUUUCAGGACAAGAUGCACUUGUAUUUUUCCUAUAUUACUCCUACGCUGUUCCAGCCCUGAAUAUGUAGCCCUGAAUUAGGAACCAUUGUGCUGUAGAUAUGCUCUACAGUAUGGCUAAAGCCAGAGGCUUUGCUGCUUUUAACUGUAUGGUGUUAUUCUGGGGAUUGGGCGUGAUCAGCCCUAAAAUCAAGUUUUAAAUGGGGCUUACCUCAAUUCUUGCAGAUCUGACAGUACAAGAAUCUCCUGUUGAGUGCUUAAGCUGUUGCACCCUUUGGCCACAUGCCAAUACUGACAGAUGGUUUGGUGGAAUACACUUUCUGAAAAUGGAAGCAGCUUCACACUUAAAUACCAGAAUUCCAUUUUGAUAAUGCAGAAACAGUUCUCAUGACUGACAUUCCAGGAUGCAACGAUUAUUGUAAUAGCUUGGUAGAAACCGAACACUAAAAACUGCAUUCUCACCCAGAGGUGUAGCUAACUGGGAAAAAAACAAACUCACAUAGCAUCUGAACUGUUAAAUGUUACACUGGCUUUAUGCCAUCAUUUCCAUGAGAACCAGCAACAUCUGGUGGUCUUUUGUGCCCAUGAUCUUGGCAAUGUGGGCACGGAGGGAUAAAGCAAUGCUUAGCUAUGACAAAAAAAAACAAUAAAUAGGUAUUUGUAGGGAAAAUGGCUAAAAAAACACUCCUUCCUGAGCAGUAUGAAAAAAUUAAGAAUGGGCAUUGAUCUCAAACGACAGAAUUUGAUUUCUAAAUCCUGUACUAGAGAUUGGACUUCUUAGAAAGCUUUUGUUUGAAGAAUGUUCUUUAAUGCAAAAAGGCAUAUUCUCUUGUCUGUCUCCCUUUUGUUAUUAAUAACAAAACUAUUUUUCUUACUCUGAUGUGGUGGUACAUUCACCUGUUUUCCCUCCCCUUCCCUUCUUUUGGUGCUACUGAACUGUUUACAGGACAGCCCUUUUACUACCUGGAAGAGACGUCUAUUAACUAAGCCCUGGUCUGACAUAAUUGGUACCAGCCCUGUCCUCUGUCACUUGCAACUGGUAACUUCAUAGCUCUGCUUUCCUGCAGGAAAUACACAGGUGGCAUUUUCAAUGUGAAUCCAAAGCUUGUCAGGUCCUUUACAUUUUGUUUUGCCUUUUAUGUUCUUUUCAUUGUGAUAAUGCUGUAUUUAAAGAGGAUAUUUAAAUGUAAAAACAAAUAAAUGCGUAAACUUA